UGGAAUUGACAAGUGGGUGGGAGGUGGGCGGGACUUCCGGUCCGCAGUCCGGUCAGAUGGUUCCCGGGCGUCUCCCCGCAACCUAUUUGACUUGGCUGGUCGGUGACGCGGCGCCGGGAAGGAAUCGGACGGGACCGGGGCCUGGGGGAACUGCGUUAAAAGAAGAUGGAUGCACAGAGUUCAGCUAAAGUCAAUUCGAGGAAGAGGAGGAAAGAGGCACCCGGCCCUAAUGGAGCAGCAGAGGAAGAUGGAAUUCCUUCAAAACUGCAGCGCUGCGCAGUUGUAAGUGAAGAGCUGUGGCCGGAGCACCUGGUGGUGGAGGGCUUACGGCAGCCAGCUCCUUUUUCUGAUGAAAUUGAAGUUGACUUUAGUAAGCCCUAUGUCAGGGUAACUAUGGAAGAGGCCUGCAGAGGAACUCCUUGUGAGCGACCUGUGAGAGUUUAUGCGGAUGGAAUAUUUGACUUAUUUCACUCUGGUCAUGCCCGAGCUCUGAUGCAAGCGAAGAACCUUUUUCCUAAUACAUAUCUCAUUGUGGGAGUCUGCAGUGACGAGCUAACGCACAACUUCAAGGGCUUCACGGUGAUGAAUGAAAACGAGCGCUAUGACGCGGUGCAGCACUGCCGCUACGUGGACGAGGUGGUGAGGAACGCCCCCUGGACGCUGACGCCUGAGUUCCUGGCCGAGCACCGGAUUGAUUUUGUCGCCCAUGACGAUAUCCCCUAUUCCUCUGCUGGGAGUGAUGAUGUGUAUAAGCACAUCAAGGAAGCAGGCAUGUUUGCCCCCACGCAGAGGACAGAAGGUAUCUCCACAUCAGACAUCAUCACCCGCAUUGUCCGUGAUUAUGAUGUGUAUGCGAGACGGAACCUGCAGCGGGGCUACACCGCAAAGGAGCUCAAUGUCAGCUUUAUCAACGAGAAAAAAUACCACUUGCAAGAACGGGUUGAUAAAGUAAAGAAGAAAGUGAAAGAUGUGGAGGAAAAAUCAAAAGAAUUUGUGCAGAAGGUGGAAGAGAAGAGCAUUGACCUCAUCCAGAAGUGGGAGGAGAAGUCCCGAGAGUUCAUCGGAAGUUUCCUGGAAAUGUUUGGUCCAGAAGGAGCACUGAAACAUAUGCUGAAAGAGGGAAAAGGUCGGAUGCUGCAGGCCAUCAGCCCCAAGCAGAGCCCCAGCAGCAGCCCCACUCAUGAACGCUCCCCCUCCCCCUCCUUCCGAUGGCCCUUCUCUGGCAAGACUUCCCCAUCCUCCUCCCCAGCAAGUCUCUCUAGGCGCAAGGCUGUGACCUGUGACAUCAGUGAAGAUGAAGAGGACUAACUUUUCAUCCCUGUUCCCUCUCUGUCCCCCUGCCCAUCACCUCCAGAAGCUCUCUGUCGAAUUCCAUUUUGUGAUCCCAGCACUAAACCUAAGGACAUCUACAAAGAAAAGACACAUGGGGCAAGAGGACCUGGGAAUGGGGAAAACAAACCAGCCUGUGCCCUAAGAGACAUCCUCAGCCACAUCCGGAGGCUGACCACACCUUAGACACCUGCUCCGAAUCCAUCUUCUCUCCCCAGAACUUUGCUUUACUGUUUAUGCUCAUGUAAUCUUGACAGGGAAAUUGUCAUUUUUAUUAAUUUUUUAAAAAUUAGUCUUUCAAAUAUAGUAAGUAGAACUAAUUUUUUGCCCGAGGAGUGGGCAGAAGAGGAAGCGUGUAAUGCCCAGAGGCCUUUCUCCCUGAUCACUAGUGCUUGCCUUCUGUUCUGAAGCAAACUAGCUUGCCAGAUCCUUCACACAGUGAGCCACGCUGAUGGGUAAUUUAGAGAGACUACUGUAACUUAAACUUCCCUUAAAAAGACGUAAAAGCUGAAUUAGCCCCAAAUUCCCUGAGUGUCCUGCUGGCCCAUAUGUCAUGGCUGUGGGGAGGAAGAGCUCUGAGUCGAACUUUUCUUACUCCCUGAGGAGUUUCUUGUUGGACCCAAUGGGGUCCAUGAAGACACUGGUGGCGAUGAAACCAAACCACAGAGCAUCAAUUGCAGUUUUUCUGCUGUGUUCAUCUUCUCAGAAAAUUCUGUUGCCUAGUUACUUGGGAGCUCUUGUCAGUCUUUCCUGCAGCUUAGCUGCAAAGGAAGGGACGCUUUGAGGGACACUGUGAUUGGAGAGGGGCGUGGGUCAACUCGGUCUAGUGCGAGGGCAGUUGAGGGUGAGCUUCUGCUGGGCAUGCGUCCCUCGCCCUGCCACUGCUGUUUCAGCAUCAUGCCCGGCUUCAUAACAAAGGAUGCUUUGUAAAUGCGGCUUGAACUUGACCCAUUAAUCCAUGUUGCUUAUUGCUACACUUAGCACUUUUGCUUUUCACAGAAAGCACAGGCUAAAGCACCAGGGACCACUUUGAUCUCUGAAACCCUCUCCUCAGCCUCCUCUCUGCUCCUCUUAAUGUUCUCUGGCCGAUGGGUAUCCCAUGGAGACUCUCCUCUAAGAGCUGCACCUGACAGGGACUUCUUCCCUCUCCUCCACAAGCCACAGGCAUAACUAAACCUGCUAGCACACAGAGGUAGUGUCCCCUUGCCUUCCUGUGCCUGCUGGUUCCGAGGGAAGACAGAUCUUGAAUUCUAGAUCAAAGAGUGCUGACUCUCAACACUGAACGUGAGCUGAGGUUUUCAGCCCCUUGUACCCCAUCUUGGCUACGUGGGCCAGCAAGUUUAUCACCACCUGUAGCUGGAUUUAGGGCAAAGUUGUUUAUGUCCAGGACCACCUCGUUGUCACUCUUGUCAGAGUGGGGCGUUACUGUUUUCAGCAAAGAAAACCACAUCCCACCCUCCCCACCCCCCGUGCCUGUGCUGAGACUACGAGCAUUUUAUAAUCCUCCCUCCCUUUCUGGUGGAAGCCUAAGGGUCUGGGGCUGGCACCACACAACGCCUGCAUAGCAGGACUACCCAGGCUCCUAAACUCUCUCCCAGGCAGAGCAGAGGAGAGGAGCAAAGAGAGGCACAACUCAACGGCCUGUGGAAACUCCAUCCCUAACUCCUCAGGAAGCACUGUUUUCACUCAGCUCUGACCCAUACGGCCUUGGCCUGGAAUCCUUUGUCCGAACCUGUUUUCUCAGACUAUGUAGCACCGUGUGGCUUAUUUGAACUUUUCUACUCUGGGGAUCCGUUUCUCUCUGCCUUAUCCUCCCAGGUAUACAAAGGUGAUGACGUCCCUGUGGACGCUCACCUGCCUGUUCUCUCAGCGCGCGUCACUGGGUGUGCACUUCGGAUUGCAGAGGGAGCUCCUCACAAGUGAUUUUCCUCCGUGUGGUUACUCCUGUCAAGUGUACUGUUGGGGUCCCAAACAUCAGAGCCCCUAGGCUGACAAGCUAUGCAACACAGCCAGGACGAGCCUAGGCUCGUGUUCUGAGAGUAUCCCUCGCCCCUGUGCUGUCUCCUAACAUAUUCUCAGUUUCGAUGGGGCAGCAUGUUAGGCAUUUGAUGGUCAGUGUGCUCCUAGGUGCUAGAAAAAGGUGCUGUUGAGAUGGUGUACCCAGUUGAAUGUGCUUAAGUGUUUGAACGUGUCUGUGACUGUACCCCUCACCUCACGUGUGGAGCCACCUCCCCGAGCCAGCACAAGAGAGCAGGCAGCACGGAAAGGCCAGGGUGGCAAGGGUGGGAGGCCCUUACGUUGUGUGGCCUCGCAGCCUCUAUGCCACAGGAAGAGGCUGAAGACAGGAGUCCUCGAGCUGGUGCUGGAGAGGAGCCAGUACAGCAGUUAACCUUGGCAUGGGCCGGACAGGAUCUUUGCUCUUUUCAUAUGCUAGGCUGAGACUGAAGAACAGAGGUUGCUGCUCAGAGGAAGUAGAAAUGGAUCGCUAGUACCGCAGCAGCCGCUCCUGGGAGCUAAGUCAAAGAUCCUUAUUUUGCAGACACUUGAGGAAAAGGGGUUGGGAGGGUGAGGAGGUUGGAAAUCCUAACGAGAAAGAUUGAGAAACCAUUUGUGGCCACCUUUCUCAGCAGCACCUUAGUUACUCUCGUGGCCUCACAUCUGACCAGCCUUCUAGGACGCCCUCCAUGGUGGCUUUGACACUGUCUCUAGCCUUUUUUCUUACCAACUUUUCAGUCCUUCCCCAAAUCACUUCUGUUUCCCUGCUUUGGUUUAAUCCCUCAAGCCAUAGCUUCUAGAUUUCUGUCAGCAUACAUGCGCCGAAAUUGAACCCACACGGUUCAAAGAAAGCUUCCUUAACAAUGGUUUAAAACUAAUGGUAUUUUUUUUUAAGCUCACCAAUAUAAGUAUUUUUAAAGGUUGUAUUUUUCAAAGUCAUAACAAUGAUUGUUUUCUCUCACAAAAUAGAUUAUCAUGGGAUAAAGAAUGGUCCCUGGCUUCUAUUUUUCAGAAUAAAUAAGUAGAACAUGUUCUUGGACUUAUACUAUUAAAAGUUAAUUCUCCUAAAAGAAAAAGAGAAAUAUAUUCUGUCUGCCAGAAUUUUUUGUGGGCCUGAUAGGGGUAGAGAACAGAAAUGGCAGGAUUAACAUUUGGAUGGCCCAAGCUGGGUUCCACUAGGUUUGAAGCGAGCUCCUUCCACCCCGUUGGAGGAACUGACUGUUCUCAACAGUGAGAACUGGUUGGUUGGGUGUCUUGCAUCGUGGCUUCUGAACAGAAAACACUGUUGGAAAGGGUUAUCCAGACAUGACUGUCUUGCCCAUGGCCAGUGCGAGUCAGUGGGGAGUUUGCCUCAGUUCAGUGUAUCACCUCACUGUCUAAUGAUUUGUUCAGAGUUAUUUUGGCUUUUGUCAUUCAGCCAAAUAAAGGCCAUGUGGUUUUUUUUGCCUGGUC